AUGAUCACCGACGUCCAGUUGGCUGUUUUUUCGAACAUCCUUGGGGUUACCUUGUUCUUUCUAGUAAUAUUAUUCCAUUACAUAAACGCUAAUUACUCGAAAUAAUCAAUCGUCACACGGAUCAAGGAUGAAAGGAGAUAUGGACGUAACCUCAAACAUGGAUCGACUUCAUGAAGAGUCGCAGAGUCCGCAUUCGCCACACCAGCUCGUCGGCUUCCCGAUGAAUUACUUUUACACACUAUGGAAAAAUCAUUCCCUAAAUAAAUCAUAAAUACAUAA